AUGGAUUCUCAAAAAGUUUCCCGCAAAAGAACUAAACGAAUCGCUUCAGAACAAUUUGAGUCUGUGAAGAAUCAGUCAUCGGCAGCCAAAAAGUCAAAACUCGAACAGUUAGAAGAAAAACUCGAGAAAGUUGUGAUGACAGAAGAGGUUGGAAACAAGAAAAUCCCCAAAGCGAAAUCGGCAAAACCGAGUGAAAUUUACAAACGAUCUAACAAGAAAAUAGAUUAUACAUCUCCAUUCAUCCAAAUUUACACCACAUCUGAACCAUCCAAAGGGGAAAUCGAAGCCGAAAAGGAAAGAGUGGCAGAAGUUUGCAAAGAUAUUUUGACUGAGUUUGAGAAGCAUUGUGACAAGGAAUUCGCCGAGAUAAGUGCCGGUAUGAAUCAGAACGUUUUCAAGAAAACUAAUUUGGAUCGACCGAAGUACGCGCCGUUGGUCAUGAAGGUGUCCGGCAUUAAAAAAAUCAAAGUCCCACCGAUACCCGAAGCAUUUAAAGAAAAAAUCGCUAAGAUCCCAGAGUUUUUUGAGCCAUUGAUGGCGAAUGUAGAUGCGAAAGACGAAGAACAAUUAACGAAUUUGCCAUCGGUCCACGAAACGACUGAUGAUGCACUAUUGCACAAAUAUCUACACGAGCAUUAUGAAAACGGGAUUCAUGGGGAUAUGCCAAACAAAUUCCUUAUCAACAGAGAGAUUUUAUUCAACGUGAUGAAAACUUUGAUUCCACAAACGUCCAAUCCAGAUCUUCUCUACUAUGCCUUGUACCAAACCUUCCCGAAUUAUGGCUCACAGAGUGAAUUUUCAAAGUUGUUCCCUUCUCUCCGUCGUACUUAUGCAUUCUUUGAUAGGGAAUUGAUUGGUAUCGAAACAUGGAAGUCUCAAGAAGAUCGAGUUUGUAUCCAUGCAAACAGGAAACAAUUCGAAAUCACGUAUCCAGACACUCGUAAAAACUACUUGGUGAAAGCAAUUGAUCUCCCAAUCGGAAAUGGCGACGAAACAUGCUCUGAAGCUUGUUAUAAAGGACUUACCAAAGAUAAAAUCAUAUCUCUCAUGAAGAAGUUCGUUCCAGAAGGUUUGAAUCGAGUCAAAUUGUAUAUCAGAAAGUUGACACCUCUCAAAGAAUCUCCAUUUUUGAAUGCUCUGCUCAAGCAAAAUAACGAAGAGUUGUUGACAAACUUCUGUCAUAUUGCAAAAUUGUUCCCGGAAAGAGAGUGUAGUGCGUGGUUUGAAGUACUGCUUAACGUCUCAACACAACCGGUUGGAAACAAUUUAGAAGACAUAAACCCACUCGCAAGCUUCACAGCACGAGAUCAAGCAUUUCGUCGGUCUAUGGGACCUGAAAAGAAGAAGCAAGGCGGAACACUAGACAUUUGUAUUCCAGCAACACCUUGUGAUCAUCUUGGUCCUUGUGGCCCAGAUGUCCCCUUAUGCUCGUGUAAAGUGGCGUGUUCAGUUUAUUGCAACUGUGAUUCCAACUGCAGGCGAAAGUUCCCAGGUUGCAAUUGUAAAGGAGGCACAUGCCGUACUACUCGUUGUCCUUGCUUCUUGGCACAAUACGAGUGCACAGAGUUAACAUGUGGACCUUGUCUUCACAAUGAUGACGGGAGUGAUCAAUUUUGCAAAAACAAUGGUAUCUCUCGAGGAAGCUUCAUAAAAAUUAUUGUGAAGAAAUCUGGCAUUGCUGGAAACGGAGCCUUCAUAGAGCAAGAUGUUGCAAAAGACGAGUAUAUCGGCGAGUAUGUAGGAGAGAGAGUCUCUGAAGAAGAAAGCGAACGUCGAGGCAAGCUGCAGGCACUCAAAUCAAGUUAUCUUUUCGGUUUCGGCGAUGGAAAAGAACAGUUUGGUAGCAUUGAUGCGUGUCGUGCCGGAAAUUCUUUUCGCUUUGUGAACCAUUCCGCUAAGCCUAACUGUAGAAUUAGAUACGCGCUCGUAAAAGGAGAACUCCGAAUCGGCUUUUACGCAGAAAGAAAUCUAAAAGCUGGCGAAGAGCUGACUUUCGACUACGCCUACGAAGAUGAACAUGCCCAAAGAUUCUUCAAAUUAGCUCCAGAAGACAGGGUUCCCAAGUUCAGAUGUUUUGAAAAGAAGAAAUCAAAAAUUGAGAAAGUCAAAGUCAAAAAAAUUUUGAAAAACGCAGAUAAAGUUCAAAAGCCCAAAACUUCGUUCUGA